AUCAAUAACCUACGCAAGGAAGUGGUAAAGAGGAAACGUAGAGUAUGGGUAAGGAAAUGGGUUCGUCAGCGUGAAUUUUUGGGUGCUUCUGAUAAUUUGUACAAGGAGCUUGCCUUAGACGACCCGAAAAACUUUCAACAGCGUUUAAGAAUGACCAACGAACAGUUCAAUUAUCUUCUCCUAAAAUGUGCACCUUUAAUAAAAAAACAGGAUACAAGUAUGCGUGCAGCGCUCUCACCAAUAAUUAAAUUGCAAGUUACGUUAAAAUUUUUGGCAAGUGGUGACAAUUACCCAACUUUAGCGGAACUAUUUCGAGUACCAGAGAGCACCAUUUCCCUAUUUUUGAAGGAUGUACUCGACGCUAUAUACGAGGUUUUGAACAAGUAUAUUCAGGUACCAACAUCAAAAGAACAAUGGUCUAAAAUUCAAAACGAUUUUGCUGAUAUCUGGCAGUUUCCUCACUGUUGUGGAGCUCUGGAUGGGAA